AUGACUGAUAGCCAUGAAUAUGUGUACGAAGUAAUCGAUAAUGAAACUGAUGCACGUACGUGUGCACAGCUGAUCGCCGAAGAAUUUGCUGCACAUGAACCAACAUGCGUCUUUGCCCAAAUAACACCACAAUAUUUCUUCAACGAAGUAUCAUGGCCAAUGAUAACCGAGGUACUUGACGAACGCUUGUCUAUUCUUGCACGACACCGUCCUUCGGGAGAAAUCAUUGCUGCUAUUUUUGCCAGCGACCUUUUUCUGGUACGUGAGACACAUCCAUAUAAUGCUUCUGGCCCUCCAGCACCAAUUGCUUUCAUCGAUUUACUCAACGAAAUGGAUGACAUAUUUGUUCGACAAGACUUCAGUCAAGAGUUGAAGCCUAACAUGGUCUUACACGUUAUGACAGGUGCAACGCGAGCUCACCAUUCGGGCAAAGGUGUAGGUAGUCGACUGCGUGCUGCUAUGUGUAAUCAUGCACGAGACACAAAAGGAUUUCAAUAUGCACUUGUACAAGCAUCAAAUCCGGCAACACGCCAUAUCUAUACAAAGAAGAUGGGUGGAAAAGAACUGACAAUCUUCGAUCCAAGAACUUGGGUGUGGAAAAAGAAAGAUGAUGGAUUAUCGCGUCCAUUCGAGGAUUAUAAAGGUGGGUCUGUACCGAAUAUUUUAAUCAAGCUGACAUCAGUUGAAGACGAGUAA